UUUGACAAUAAAUUCUGAAACCCUAACUUGCACGUAUUUCCCAUACUCUUCCCCUUGGAAAAAUCAAAGAUACUUACAGGCGCAGCGAUUAGUUCAGAUAUUGUAAGCGAUCUCGCAUCGUGAAUCGUAGAUACAGGUUCGUCUCUGAGUUGAAGUAGUCAUCAUGAGAUUGAGGAAGGGAAGCAAAGUGGAGAUCCCUGGUACUACUGAUAGACUUAGUGUCGAAUGGCGAUGUGCGCGAAUAAUUUCUGGUAAUGGGCACACCUACAGCGUUCAGUAUAACCGUUCUAGUACAACAAGUGAGGCUAGCAUAGUAAGAGUUUCGAGGAAGGCCAUCAGACCAUCUCCCCCUCCAAUUAAAGGUAUUGGGAAUUGGGCAGCAAAUGAUCACGUGGAGGUUUACAAUUUUGGUUCUUGGAGAGCAGCCACUGUUUUGAAAUUCAUUGACGGAGAUUUCUACUUGGUAAGGCUGUGGGUAUCUUGCAAAGAGUUAACGGUACUCAAGGUAAACAUGAGGGCACGCCAGACUUUUCAAAAUGGUCAAUGGGUUCUUAUGUCAAAGGGAUCUGGCAAGUCACCAGUUCGGAAGUCUAGCUUGAUUUCUUACAAUUCCAAGGAUCUGCCUGAAAAUGAGUGCCGAAAUAUUUUUUCUCAAGGAUUAGAUGCCAGUGAUCACCAGGAACGCCUGGUCUCAUCUUCAACUUUGAAAAGAAUGUCCCCUUUUGUCUCCUCUUAUCCCAGAAAAUUAAGGGCUAUGUCGAAUAUGGGUGAGUGUGAAAGAUUCAAAGCUGUAACUACAGCCCCCUUGCUGCAAAAGGUACAUGCUGUUGUUUACCCACAAAAUAAUAAGGGUGAAAAAUGCAUGCAUACUUCAUUUACUAAUGGUACCAACAAAUAUUAUGAAACAGGAAAGGAGAAUUCUUGUAAUGUUUCAACACACUUUCUUGAACGAAUUGAAGAACCUGAUUAUUCUUGUAGUGAUCUGAGUUCUGUUGGCAGUUGUAGUGUGAUAAGUAGUAACUCAAAUAAAAUUUCCAGUGAUACCUUAGCAGGUCCUUGCCAAGACGAAGAUACCCUUUGCAGUGAUGCAGAAUCUCUAGAUAUUGGAGAUGUGGAUAAAGGAUGCUCCACAUGCUCCACUUCUACCAAUGAGGUUGCAGCAGAAACAAUUCAUAGGUUUGAGUUGAAUGCAUACCACAGUACCCUAGAAGUUAUGUAUGCCUCUGGUCCUUUAAGUUGGGAACAAGAAGAAAUAUUGACUAAUCUUCGUAUUUCACUCAAUAUUUCAAAUGAUGAACAUUUGAUGGAGAUAAAGAACUUAGGUUCAUGUGGUCAGAAUUUUUAAAUGUUUACAUUUUAAUCCCUCAUUUGUACAGCCUUAUUAGGUUCUGAAGAAGAGUACAUAUUUUUGAAUAAAUAUUUUAUCUUAAAAUUUCUAUAUUGGGGAAAUUAUGUUGCUAUACUCUAUAUGAAUAUAUCAAGUUAUGAUGCUCGUUAUGUAUUCGCUAGUCUCUUUCUCUCUCUCUUGACAUUUGAUUUCGUAAUUUUUCCUUUUCAAUGGUACGAGUUCGUAGCUUCUACACCUACUAUGAUUUGCUGAUAUGAGAUGUUCAUCUGAUUGUCUCUUUGACUACUUGUAUAUCAUUUAAUUGCCAAGUAAUGAUUACUACUUCAUGAAUUUGCAUGGACAGCUUGAUUAUACUUCUGAAUUUAAUCUAAAAUAUUGCUUAAUUUGAAUAAAUUAUAUUAGCGAUUAUUUUAUGGCAUCUCCUUUUCUGCCAUUUGACUAUUAUGGAUGAAUUGAUGAAUAAACUACAAUUUUCCAGGGCCAGGGUUGGAGGCUUGCAUGCCUUGCUUCCAAUGGCUAAAUAUGAUGAUACUAGGUUUGCUUCUUCUCUCUCUGCAAAUUAAUUGGUCUCAUCUACCAAUAAUUUUCUUACUGAGAUUAGAAAUUUCGGACCACUAUAUAUCACUCAUCUGAUUCAAGAACAUGAUCUCGCUUUAAAGUGCGGAUGUAAUCCUCAUACGGCAGGUCUUAUUGUGCAAUUAUUCAGAUAAUAAUAAUUUAAUUAAUUUAUUUGCAUACGGUGUGAAUUAUCUUCACUGUUACUUGAAAAUUUUAUCCUGCCAGUGGAAAAAAAGGAUGCUAGGAUGUUCAGAAUCUGUUAUAUAUCAGGCAGCUAAUUGCCCUGGAUUUCUUUCCCGUGGCCUCUCCAUGAUGCAUAAGCAGAUGUUGGUGUGUUGACAUGGAAGCAAAAUUGCAGCUGCACUAGUGCUUUGCAGUCACUACUUCAAACGGGUAAAAAUAUCUCGGUUUUUGCAUUAUUGAGCUGAUUAUUUUAGGGUCGUUUGCUCAAUAUCAUGUACUUUCUAAUCCCCUUUCUGCAAAAGUAUUCUCUCCAUUCUCUAAUCUCAGCUCACCACUGUCUGACAGCUGUAUCUUCUUGUUCUUCCGCUUGUGUAGGCUCGUUUCUGUUUUUCCUUGCUUCUUCAUUUUAUGCAUAUUGCACUUUCUUGACUAGUUAAAUUAUGCCUUAAAUAUGCGGCAAAUGUGCAUCUUAUAGACUAUGGACUAAUUCUGUAUGGCUUUGAUCAUAAAGGAUAAAAAUUAAGUUUUUGUUGGCCUUUCUCCCCAAAAUAAAUUACUUGUUUGAAUGUACAUAAUUGUUGCGGUCAGUCCAUUAUAUACUGUCUUAUUGUACCUUUCUUUUACUGGUCACUUAGUGUGCUUAUUUUUGUAAACUUUCUUAGGUUUGGAUCUUAUAAUUUCUCGACAAUUUAUUUUUGUUCUCUUGACAGCGUUGAAAAUGGCAUAUAAUGGCAACAGGUUAGCAAUGGUUUUUAACAGGUCUUGGGAAAAAUACUCCAUGACAGUAGUUUUUGAAUGGAUGUAUCUAAGAAUUUGUAAAGUAGCAUAGGAAUACGCAUGCAGCCGUCUUACUCAAAUCAAUCACAGCUCAUUUCCUUUCUUCUUUCUAUAGCGGUUUCUGAGCAUGUAUCUCUCCUUAGCCCCUCGAUAUUGUCAAGCAUACUGUCAAUUGAUCACCAAGAAAAGUGUUAGGACAUCCAUUGAUUGCUUUGACAUGGAGCAGCAUUUUCUAUGUAUAUUCUCGUUGAGGUUAAAUUUAUGUUUUUUUGUCUCUAUUUUAUUGUUUUUGUCUCCAAUAAAUUAUAUUGUUCGUUGGGUUUACGUACUAAUCGCUAAUGAGAUCCGUUUAUGACAUUCUCUUAACCUUUUCAAUGUGAUCAUUUUGGUUCUCAACUGUAUAUUUUGAACUGUUGUAUAUAUAUAUAUAUCGGCUAUUCAUGGACAUAGUUCCCUGUAUUUUAAUCCAAUGCACGUUUUUUCUAAAAUUCAUUUCGGCCAUGCUAGUUAGUUGUGUAGUUAUUUGCUGUGGACAAAUUGAAUCCCAUUUGCUGAGCUGAUCAAUGUUUUGGCUUUUGCAAAUCAAGAAGGCUUGUGGAAAAGAAGUACCUGAGAAGAUGUGAUGUAUUUAAGCAAAUCUUAUGGAUAUUUGGUUUGCCUCUAUGUGCGUGUGUAAUGUCUGACUUCGAUUUCGGUAUUUGAAUUUCUCUGAUCAUCUUAUAUCGCAAAUCAAGUAUUUAUUUGAUGUACAUUUUGCGCAGUCAAGUUGAUCUGUUAAAAUUUUGUAUGAUUGCAGCCUGUGCUGUGUAAUUCAAUAAAAUCAGCGGAAGAUUGACCCUCA